AUGGUUGUUUCGGCCUCCUGCCUCCUCUGGCUGAAGCCCAAAAAGGGUGGAAGGGGGGUUUCCAAGCGAAAAGUUCGUCAAGAGGAAGCGGAGGGUAGCACUGCUAAGCAAUCUCUCCGAGACGUCUUUGAAAACUUCCUUGGAGAUGAGCGCCUGGACUCCACCUACCUGGCCAUGAUGGCGGACAUCGUCCCCUCCAUGCCCGACACGCUCUUGCGCAACGGCGGCUUAUACGACGCGCACGCCCUGUGGGAGAAGAUAGAGCUAUGGGCAGAGAAUCCCCGCCGUAAUGACUAA